AUGGUACGUGCGGCUAAUUCGCAGCACAGAGCCACAUCAGACGGCGCCCGGGUGGUGAACUGGUAUUAUUCUACGCCACUGAUAACCCGCCUACUCCUCACAAGCAUUGUGGCAUGCACCCUGGCCACCUCGCUCGGGCUCAUCAACAUCUACUUCAUGGGGUUGAGCUGGAAACUGAUCUGGCAAAACUUCCAUAUCUGGCGUCUAGUCACCGGUUUUGUCACCACCAGCGUGGGACUCAACGAAGCCAUCACCGUAGUGAUGCUCUACUACUACUCUAGCGACCUCGAGCAGGAGGAGUUCUCCGGCCGUACAGCGGACUACGCCUGGUUCCUAGUAUUUUGCAUGGGCAUUAUGGCUGCGGUGUCCUGGAUUACCAUGACCAGGUGGCUCUUCCAUGGCGUUUUCCUGGCUGUCGCUACAUUGUGGUCUUUGCACCGAGGCGAGCAGAUUGUUAAUUUUGUUUUGGGCAUUAAAUUGCCUGCAAAGUACCUCCCUUAUGCUGUUAUUGUUUUGGAGUUUGUGAUGAAAAAGGGGUAUUUGCCGGCGGUUUAUAGUAUGCUUUAUGGAUUCGCUGCUGCUCAUUUGUAUUAUUAUUUGUCCGUGGAUUUGCCUGCUCAGGGGGGGCUGAUGUACGUUCCGACCCCGCAGGUGUUUUAUCGCUUGUUUGGGAGUCCACAGAGAAUCGGCGCAAGGUUUGCAUCGUCUGGUAUGGCUACCGUUGGUAAUACUGUGCAUCAGCGCCCUGGCGGCGGUCAUUUCUGGGGCGCUGGUCGGACUGUUAGUUGA